GAGCGAGAUACUCACGGACUCAAAGACGAUGGAUUACAAACUCUGAAUAUUUGAAAGUAACAGCAGAUCCUAUCUGUUGCUCAUUUCAACGUCAUAUUCUGACGCACUCAUAACUUUUUUUUAACAAAUUAGCUACACUAACAAUAGCCUGACUUUACUUUGAUUUAAGCGCAAUGAUUUGUUCGUUUGCCAUUGACGACGCAAUAUAGAUUUGACGUUUACAGUUCUCUCUUCUUCUGUUGCUAAAAACGUCUGUUAAACAAUGGACUUAAUAUACUUCAGUGUUUUACUUAUGACUCUCCUGAGCGUUUUUCAGGUUCGUAGUGACACGGUAUCACCAUCAAAACAUCCAGGUCUGCAGGUUCUGGCCACAGCUUCACACUACUGGCCCCUGGACUCUGUGGAAGGGAUUCACGGCCUUUCGGACCAGAUUGGGAACAGAACAGGUCAUGUUAAUGGGACUAAUAUAACUGUCAGAAUCCACAACCACACUGUCCUGACUACCCCUAAUUCUUCUUCUGUGUAUACCAAUGACUCUGCCUACACUAACAUUUCCGCCAUUGUAGACAUUGUAGAAGGAAUGGUGAAUAAAGGCAUCUAUCUGAACGGCAAUAACGGGGCCACUUUCCUUCACUUUGGCAACUAUAAGGACUCCUGCAUUAGUGAUCCUACUCUCUGCGGACCUGCUGGGAUAACGUUCUCCUUCUUCUGGAAAAACAAUGACAUGGAGUCUCGUUUUGCGAUCGCAUCCGGAGGUAAAGUCAUCUCAAGCGGUUUCUCCGUCUACUCAAAUCCUAAUGGUGGAUAUGUGGAGUUCUACACCAGAGGAGACUCCAAGACAUGGAAAGCGAAUAUCGAACUCCCAGGGCCCUACUGGACACAUGUGCUCUUCACUUGGACCCAAGCAGAGGGGUUAAAGGUCUACAUUAAUGGGACGUUCAAUGUCGGAGACCCCACAGGAAAGGUUGCCCCGAACUACGGUGAUCAAUAUGCUGACCUGGUCAUUGGCACAGGAAACUUUGGGACAUACAAGCAGUAUGCCAAAGGGGCCUUUGAUGAAUUUGUGAUUUGGGAGAGGGCCCUGCCCCCUCAGGAUAUCUGGAUGUACUACAAAGCAGCCAUUGGAGAAAAUAUGAUGUCCACCUUCCCAACAGAAGCAUCCAUCAAUGUCACUGCUGCCACCGACACAGAAUUACAGAGAACCACAGAGACACCCAGACCUGCCUCCACAAAGGUAGCAGUGGAAGGUCAGAUACUUCAAGACCCCAUGCGUUUACAAUCACUAAACCUUCUUCAGUCUCUUCAGACGUUUAGUCUACCAAACAAGACUAUACCGCAAGAAACAGCCAACAAUCUUACACAGUCUCUACUGAAGAGCGUGGAUGAGGUCAUAACUGCCAGCGACUGGAGAGAAAACGAAGAGUGGAAUCCUGUUGUCAGUGGGCUGGUGGAGACGGUGGAUAAGGUGAUGGUGCACAUGGCCUCCAAACUUCGGUCCGAUCCAGACUCCGAGACUCCUCUGACCAUAGGGGGCAGGAGCUCAGUGGCAGAUUACUCUCUGAUGAAGAUCCCACUGAACCACAAUCUGGCCAACUACCGGUUUCCCACACAAGGAAAGAGUUACAUCUCAGUACCAGGAGAAGCUCUGACAAUGCAGUCUCAGACCACCAUUGUGGGUCUUUUCUACCACAAAAUGCACAACUACUACAAAAAAAUCAGCCCUCUACAAACAAGGAUCAAUGAAGCGGUGGAUUUUAAAGAUCAUAAGAUCCAGAUGGCCAGUCAUCUUAUUUCUCUGAAGGUUGAACCGUCUCCUGCACUGUCACUCAAUCUGUCCAUUGAACCACUCAUCAGGAUCGUCCUCACACAUCAGCUGAGUAAAGAACAGCAGCUCCAGGCCUUGAACCAAAGUAAUAAAGUCUUCCUUUACUGUGCCUUCCUGGACUACAGCUCCAAAGAAGGUGUGUGGUCCAAUGACGGGUGUGUGAGAGCUGAUGGAAACCUGUCCUUCUCUAUUUGCUUGUGUAACCAUCUGACAAACUUCGCCAUUCUUAUGCAAGUGGUUCCCAUGAAGCUCUCAGAGGCCCACCGGAUGGCGCUGUCCACGAUUAGCUACAUUGGCUGCUCCAUCUCGAUUUUCUGCCUGGCUAUUACACUGGUCACCUUUGCCGUUCUGUCGUCUGUGAGCACCAUCCGAAACCAGCGCUACCAUAUUCAUGCAAACUUGGCAUUUGCUAUAUUAGUCGCUCAGAUACUUCUCCUCAUCAGUUUCCGCUUUACUCAUGGCACGCUCCCAUGUAAGAUUAUGGCCGUGUUGCUGCAUUUCUUCUUCCUGUGCGCGUUUUCCUGGAUGCUGGUGGAAGGGCUGCAUCUCUACAGUAUGGUGAUUAAAGUGUUUGGCUCAGAGGGCAGCAAACACUUUUAUUACUAUGCCAUCGGAUGGGGCUGUCCUUUGGUCAUAUGUGUGGUGUCUAUGACCUCGUCACUACACAGCUAUGGAGAAGAUGACAAUUGCUGGCUGUCUCUCAAAAAUGGGGCGAUUUGGGCUUUUGUAGCUCCUGCUCUGUUUGUUAUAAUGGUGAACAUUGGCAUUUUGGUAGCUGUGACUCGGAUCAUAUCCAGGAUCAGCGCUGAGAACUAUAAGGUUCAUGGAGACGCCAACUCUGUGAAGCUGACGACCAAAGCAGUGGCAGUUCUUUUACCCAUUCUGGGCAUAUCGUGGGUCUUCGGGGUUCUGGCGGUGAAUGAUCAUUCUCUGCUUUUCCAGUACAUGUUCGCAGUGUUCAACUCUCUUCAGGGGUUCUUCAUAUUCCUGUUUCACUGUCUGUUAAACUCUGAGGUGAGGGCAGCUUUCAAACACAAAACCAAAGUGUGGACUUUAACCAGCAGCUCAAUCCGCAACAUCAAUGUCAAACCAUUCAACUCGGACAUUAUGAACGGCAACAAGGGAGGGAUGUCUCCCACAAAGAUGAACACUUGGGACAAAAGCACCAACUCAGCCAACCGCAUAGACCUGUCAGCAGUAUAAUACAUUCUGAUCCAAAAGAGUGCAGGAGGACAACAGCACAGCGCUUCCUGUAGAAAAACACGUGCCUUGCAGUAUUGCAUCGUAAACAGACUCCAAAUGAUGAAUUAGUUACUUGCAGCAAAUGGUAGAAUAGUGCACUCACAACACAAAGUUCUCUGAUGUCAUUUCCUCCUGCUGAUGAUCUCUCUAUUGUAAACUUUGGUUGAAGACACAAGGCCCGUUGUUGGGAUGAAGGAGAAUAUGACUUUUUUUUCUUCAUUCGGUAAUAAUGUGGCCUGCUGAGGAAUCCUCUAUCUCUUUCAGACACAAGAACCUGUACUUUAACAGUGUUUCCUUGCUUGGAGUGUUUGGACAACACUGCAGACCUGCGCUACAUUUGGACCACUGUUUGGUCGUCUUUUAAAGAGGCGAAUCCUCCAGUCUGGAGAGUCUCCACUUUAAGGACUCAAGAAGUGAAGUAGUGGCUUCGAUUAAUUCCUGUCCAUCUGGCACUGCAGUUCCUGCUAUUGCUUUUAAUUAGAUCUGGAAGAGAAAUGCAAUACUGGCGAAUUUCUGUCGGGUAUUCCUCAUUAUUGUGACAUUUCUCUUUUUUAUUGUAAAUGGCACUUUAUUGUAACCAAGUUGGGUACAAUUGGGGACUGAAAUAUUAUACUUGUCAACAACGGUUCAGGCAAAAGAGGUGAUUAACAUUCACAAAAUCAAUGAUGUCAGCCUUAGGAGGUCAAUGUGUGACUCAUUUCAAACAUUUUCCAUAAUUUUUCUUUGAACUGGAAUGAUACACAACCAAAGCAUAAUUUACUGUAGCCUGAAUUCAUUAUUAAUGUAAGAAAUAAUGCUUCAAUACACACUCAGAAACAACGAUACAAAAUCUGUCACUGGUGCGUCAGUUAUUCUGCUUUGAACAUCUGCAUUAUGUGCCAGAAUGGCUGUCUUUGUUUUAGUUUUUUAACCCGUCCACUGCCACUUUAGCCAAUUAUAUUCCAGCACCCUGGGUAGCCUUCAUGGAAGACAGCGUAUUUCAUUCAUUUAGUCAGGAAGACUCUCAAAGCAUGCAUACAUGACUGAAAUGUGACCUCCAGUGGACAGAAGCAGACUCCGAAAUGUGACACAGAUUCAGAGUUCCACAUAAGGUGGUUAUUAAUUAUCAAAUAAUAUAAAUAUUACGAAUGUAAACAUUAGGUGAGCAGCUUAUAUUGUAAUCCUGUGUCCUAAAGACACGCUACGUGACAAGAUUUGCCGUGAUAAGCAAUUUGCCUGUUUGCACCAGACGAAACACGACAGAAAUUUAAAUGCAGCCAUUCAGAAGCACAGAAUAGUGCACUCACUGCACUCUAGCGAAAUAGUUGUAGUUUUCAGAAAUUCACUGAACGAUCUAAAAUGAUGUCACUGCAGUUCGUAACUUUUUUAUUUAGUGGCUAAUUGCUAUGAAUUUGUACAAUUUAGUACGAUUUACUCAUCCCACAAUGACAGUUGGGUUUAGAGGCAGGGUUGGGUGCCACGCCUCCUUUUUUAAAAUCGAACACUUUGGUACGAUUGAACUAGAAUUAGCCACUAAAGUAACAAAACGUGAAAUACUUACGCUUCCUCAUGAGAUCAGGAGUCCACUGCCACUUUAGCCAAUUAUAUUCCAGCACCCUGAGUAGCCUUCAUGGAAGACAGCGUAUUUCAUUCAUUUAGUCAGGAAGACUCUCAAAGCAUGCAUACAUGACUGAAAUGUGACCUCCAGUGGACAGAAGCAGACUCCGAAAUGUGACACAGAUUCAGAGUUCCACAUAAGGUGGUUAUUAAUUAUCAAAUUAUAUAAAUAUUACGAAUGUAAACAUUAGGUGAGCAGGUUAUAUUGUAAUCCUGUGUCCUAAAGACACGCUACGUGACAAGAUUUGCCGUGAUAAGCAAUUUGGCUGUUUGCACCAGACGAAACACGACAGAAAUUUAAAUGCAGCCAUUCAGAAGCACAGAAUAGUGCACUCACUGCACUCUAGCGAAAUUGUUGUAGUUUUCAGAAAUUUACUGAACGAUCCAAAAUGAUGUUACUGCAGUUCGUAACUUUAUUUAGUGGCUAAUUGCUAUGAAUUUGUACAAUUUAGUACGAUUUACUCAUCCCACAAUGACAGUUGGGUUUAGAGGCAGGGUUGGGUGCCACGCCUCCUUUUUUAAAAUCGAACACUUUCGUACAAUUAAACUAGAAUCAGCCACUAAAGUAACAAAACGUGAAAUAGUUACGCUUCCUCAUGAGAUCAGGAUGAACAAUCACAAUAACAGAGUUGACAAAUAAACAAUCACUACAACAAUAACUGAUGUAGGAGAGUUGACCAGAACAUAAAGACAGACACAAAAUUUAUUUUUUCAUUAGUGAAAUUACAAAUAACACAGAAAUUAGAUAUUUCAUGUAAAUGUUUAUUUCACUUAGUAAACACACAAAAAAGAUCAAAAAUUAGACUUGAAGUUGAAGGUAUUAUUCGGGUAUUAUUAUUCUUUUUAUGUCAAUAUUUUCAAAACUAAAUGUCCUUAAAUACUGUUCAAAAUGUUGUUUUACAUAUCUUUAAUAAAUCUUUAA